AUGUUGUAUGUGCUUAUGGGGACACACAUGUCACACAUUCGUGAUUUCAUUGGGUAUAUGCACGAGCUGCGAAUUUACCUUCUCUGUCGCCUGGCCUGCUGCCUGAUAGUGUGUGCCACACGACUUGUUUUUAUGCACACCCAGUUGGGCCCCCGCCGCAGUCACGGUGCAGGCAUGAGUCUGUCAGCUAUGAGGCGCUCGCGCCUGUUCUUAUUGGGAUCGUGCUACAGCGUCGCGACGUGCCUCUUCGUCUCCUACGACUCUUUGAAGCCGCUGUCCUCGUUUUGGAAUUGGGAGGGUUCUGGCCAUUCUUUCACAGAUCCUCCCCAGCUUUCCUCGAACGUAGCGUUCCUUGUCUUUUUCCCCGUCUACGCACUGGCGAUAACGGCGUACCAGUUUCCUUUCCAGUAUUCGUUGGUCUGGGUGGUAUUGACGAUGGCGCUUGCUUGGGGCGGCCAUCACAUGACAGGCUUGCAGCAGCUGAAGUUCGCCGCUGGUGGGAACAUUCUCGUCUACUACACCAUGGUCAACGCUAUCGAGGCGUACUGCCAGGAAACCCUGCUCCGCGGGCAGCAUCAAGCCUCGCAGAGGGUAACCUUCACGCUCGACCGCAUUCAGGGCACCCUUGCCGCCUUGAUGCCCCUGGACGUUAUCAGAGAGCUCCGCGAGAGUACGGCCUCUCUCACGCACUCCUACCCUUCCGUCACCCUGGCGCAGUCUGACCUUGCUGGCUUCACACGACUAGCGAGCACCCUCUCGCCAGCGAAGGUGGUGGAGCUCGUCAGCGAGCUGUUCGGGCGGCUCGACAAGCUCACGGAUUUCUUCGAGGUGUACAAGGUCGAAACUGUAGGGGACGCGUACAUAGCUGGUCAGGGUGGGCUCCCGUUGACUAGAGACAACUCUUCGAUGGCCGUCGUCUGCUUUGCACUGCGGUUGGUAGAGGAGACGGCGAUGUGGUCUGAGAGUUGCGGCGUGAAUGUCGGCUGCCGCGUGGGGGUCCAUAAGGCUGCUUGCGUCGGGGGCAUUGUCGGUACUGACAUGCAGCGGUACCAUUUGUUCGGUGAGCUUAUGACGUGUGUGGAGAUACUAGAGUCGACGUCCCACGUGGGUAAGGUCCAGGUGAGCAGGGCCUGCAAGGAUGCCGUGGACGAGGAGAUGCGCGGACGUGGCACGGACGUGCCCUUCCGAUUUGAGGCCCGCACGGAUGAGUCCCUGGUGACUUCGAAGGGUGAAACUCACCCAUACGAAGAUGUUGGCGGCGGCCCCACGUAUUUUGCCACGCAGUGA